GGAGGGGUAGUAUCGUGUAUUCGUCUGUAAAUCCGUCUGCUUCACAGAUAGAUAUUUGCCUUUCCGGACAAAGGAUAAUGCGAUGCGAGCGAGAUGGGAAAGUUAAUAUAAUUUUAAGAGCUAUAAAAAUAAAUUAUUAAAAUGAAACGUCAAUUUCUUAAAGUUAAACAAAUAGCGGAUCAAACGUUUUCCAGGACUGAAAAGACAGAAGCCUUGAAUGAAGAUUUGGUUAAUGUGGAAAAGCGUGUCGAUUUAAUCAAGCAGUCAUGUCACAAUACGGGGAAAAAAAUAGCAGCGUGUCUUCAGGGCGUCGGCACAGAAGCAUCCGUGGCGGAGAAAAGGCUGGUCUGUUUUAACAUAAAAAUGCAAGAAUGGAGCAGUAAUUUGGGUGAUUCGUCCAUUUUAGGUUCAGUUCUACAUAAAUGUGCAUCUAUCGAAGAAGAGCUUGGAAAGGAAUUGCUAACUUAUGAAACUAAAGUCGAUAAAGCAAUUUUGAAUCCUAUCAUUAAUUUUUUGGAGAUUGAUUUUCCAAAUGUUAUUCGAAUGAGAAAACAGCUGUCAAAACUCAUACAAGAUAUGGAUACGACAAAAACAAAAUAUAAUACGGCAUUAAAACACACACAGCAAAGCACUAAUAAUGCAAUAAACACGCCAUCCAAAGCCGAUACUUUACAAGAAGAGUUGGAGGAUAUAUCUAUGAAAGUCGAACAGUGUCGCGAUAAUUUAACGGCAGAAUUAUUUGAUAUAUUAUCCAAAGAACCUAUUUUAUCAAAAUUAUUUGUUGAUUGGUAUCACCUACAAGUUGACCAUCACAGGCGAGAACUCGAAAUUUUAGAAUCGGCUCUACCUGUAUUAGACUCACAAAUUGAAAAAUAUCCGUUUAAACCAGUCUUUGGCCAGCCUUUAGAAGAACAUUUAAGAACAUUAGACAGACAAAUUGCAUCGGUGAUUGAAGCUUGUGUAUGCCUUCUCUUAGAAAUUGGAAUGGACGAAGAGGGUUUGUUCAGGAUUGCUGGGAGUAGUUCAAAAAUAAAGAAAGUAAAAAGUGCUUUCGAUGCUGGAUUAGUGAAUUUAUUGGAUGAUAUUAGAGAUCCGCAUAUUGUUGCAGGUGUAUUAAAAUCUUACUUGAGGGAACUUCCUGAACCUCUGUUUACAUUUCAGUUGUUUAAUGAUUGGUUAAGUGCAGCAGAAAUUUCUGAUAGUGAUACUCGUUUACAAACUCUGUGGAGGAUCCUUAAUUCUUUACCGGAAGCUAAUUUUAACAAUCUCAGAUACCUUAUAAAAUUUUUGGCCAAACUAGCAAGUAAUUCAGAGAUUAACAAGAUGUCUUCUCACAACUUGGCAAUAGUUCUAAGUCCAAAUUUAAUUUGGCUGCCAAUUGAACAGGAAUCUACUCAUUUAGGGUACAACAUGACAAUGACGAACUUGCUAAGUUCCGUUGUGGAUUCUCUUAUUACUUAUGCAGAUUGGUUCUUCCCAGGAGAUAUUGAAUUCUUUAUCAGUACACCAACUACUCCACAUACCCCAAAUGGUCCGUUAGUUUUUGCCAAUGUUGAACAUUAUAAUAGUGGAACAAAUGGAACACAAUCUGAAUCAAAUUCUGUGACAUGUUCAAGCAAUAAUUCCAGUAAUAAUCCAUCGCCACGUAGUCCCAGAGCAUGUCAUCGACCUGGAAAGAAGCCGGCUCCUCCCAUACCUACUAAUAAUCCUAGAGUUCCAUUAGGAAGACAGUCUGCGCAUCUGAGAGGUCCCGUCGAACGCUCGCAGUCGCUUGCAAACUUCAAUCCACAGAAGAUUGGAAAUGGCUUACAUAUUAAAAAUAAAUCAUACGAAGAUCUUCUAAGCAUUCAAAAAAGUAACUUGACAAAAAAUGGUUCCGUAGAAGAUGUUAGAUUAAAAACUAGUGACAUUAAUGAAAGAGUUCAGGAGGAUAUGUUGGUGGUGAAAGUCAGACCUCAGGCUUCGCCUCGUUCUUCCAUUCAAAAGCGUAAAUCAUUUCAACAGGGGAAACCUCCAAAAUCGAGUUCAUGUGUAAAAAAUAACACCAGAAAUGCUAUCCAUAAUCAAUUGAUGUCUGAUGAUAUUGAUAUAUUAACUGUUGACGUUAAUGAUAUAUCAUGUAGCUUUCAAGAAGAAACAUCUACAGACAUAAACUCUAAAGAUGAAAUUCGAGUGUUUCAGGAAGAAACAAUAAUUGAUAGCAUAAAUAGACAAUUAAAGGAACACCCAAAAUUUCAAAGGAUUGAGAGUACCGACGAAAAUCAUAAUAUUAACCCACAAACUACUAAUGUUGAAACUUUAAGUAUCAACUCACACAGAUUACAAAAAAUUAAUUCUAUCACUGAGAUUCCUGAAGAUGGAGAAUGCAAAAUAACAGAUGAAGAAAAUAACGUAUUCCAUGACAAAAAGGAACACAGUAAAGAUGAUUUUGUCCAAGACGAUAAAGAUGCUUCUCUUGAAGAACAACAGUUUGCAAAUGAGAAGCAGUUUUUUAAUGGUAGCGUCUCUAAUGGAAAUCUGCAUAAUCAAACUACGAAUGUUCCAAACAAACAAUACUGUACAGUUAUUCACAUUCCCGGUGCUAGUUCUAAACCAGAACUACCUCUUCCCAUUGCCAAAGAGAGGUUGCGAGUCCUGCACGCGACAAGUGUAAAUAAAACUCCGAAAGCUAACGUUGUCCAGAACACCAGAUUAUAAAGUUUAUACAGUUCCUCUCUCCAAAUAAUAAAUCAAAAGAGAAUUUUGGUAAGAUUUUAGUCAAGAAAAUACUUUGCAAUUGUUAACUUUUUUCUGUAAUAUAUAUUAUACAUAUAUACAUAAUUUGUAUGCUCAAUAUUAUGUUUAAUUGUGAAAUAAUGUGUUGUAGUAAAUGAUUGCAUGAAGUGUGAAUUUUAUAAAAUAAACAAUAAAAACUGUAA